ACUUCUACAAACAGUUCUAUUUUACACUUCGUUUACAAAAUUAUUGUAAAACAAACUAUUUUCCAUAUUUUUGAAAAAAAAUAAGAGAAAAAGAAAAUUUGAGGAUAUUUAAAAUGUUAAAAUUUAUUUUAUGUUUUAUAAUAGGCUUUCUAGCCAUUGCUAAAGGAAUUCAAUUUGAAGCAACGAGAAUUUACUUAUACAUUAAUCCAAAUAAAACCGAAAACAGUUUUUUCUUAUCGCCAUUUAAUGUCACUUUAGGAUCAGAAAAUGUUGACAUUAAAUGGAAAAGGGAUGUGCAUUUUCGUGGUAGCGAUAAAGAUUUUACCCUACGAUUGAACAUUGAUUACAUUGGAAAGCAACCAAGUGUAGAUGCACCUGCUAGAACUUGUAAGAAACCAUCACCUGCUAGCGAUGGUCAUUUGACGCAAACGCUUUUCCAGCUAAUGCUCACAGGUGAUAAAAUUCCAGACAGAUGUCCAGUGGGUAAAGAGAGUCCAACAACGUGUCCGGGAAAAAUUCAAUCUGAAGUUCCAAAAGUACGUGGCGUUCAUUGUAACAUUCCUGCAUUGAUAAUUCUAACUAUAACAAAUCAUUUUGAAGUAUGGAGACCAAAUUAUCACACUUGGCGUGAAUAUAAAAUUUUAAGAACAAUUUACUCGGGAAAAUUUAUAGAUUGUUAGGUUAAGGAUUAACUAAUUAUACACUGAAAGACUUUUUGUUUCAAAAUGAGGAAAACGUUGUUUUUGUACUACUUAGUCGCAUAUAAACGUAUUAGUUUCUAACUAGAAAAAAAUUAAAAAUUAGUAUGGACCAUACUAAUUUUUGGUAUUA